GCCGACGCGAGGUCUGUGCCCGUGUGCGCCGCAGCUUUUAUCAGUUCCGACAAAGGAUUUCAGUGCGAAUUUUCGUCGUUCCCGAAUAUUGUGGUGCUCUCCCUCUUGAUGGUUUACAAUAAGUGCAUCAACUAGUGCAAUAAUCCUGGAUAUAUUUUCACACUCCUUAUCCUGUCGGCUUGCCGAUUGCUGUGGUUGUUACCUUUCACUCGCAAUGUUUACGUUUUCCUCUGAGCUCAGAUGAUCGGAAAGUCUGAACUUCGUGUUUCCGUACUUUAGCAUAAUACUUAAUCAAAGUGUUAAUUCCUUGUGCGCGCGCGGAAUCUGGUGAAUCUGUGAGCUUUGUAGAUAAUCUUCGGGAGUUGAUCUCUUCGAAUUUUUAACUGGGAUCUAGAUUGUGUGUGCAGAAUCGUGAAAUUUGUUCCGACUGCGUCUGUGUGCAAUAUCUGUUGAUUGAUUUUUAGUUCGGUACCGGCUAAUAUUUAAGUCUCGUUAGUGGAUUCAUUGUGAUAUUCUCGCGAACCUUCUCCCUGUUUUUAAAUUAAUAGGUCCAACUUAUCAUUUUGCCGUUGGUACCCUCUUGCCGGUUCAGGUGUUUGAUUCUAGUUGUUAAAAUAGUUGUGUCUGUUCAAUCCUCGUCUGUUGGAUAACCUUUCUUGGAUUACUUGGAUAACUUUACCAACAGAUCCACGAAGGUUAUGAAGCUUUUAUGAUCUAUGUUGCAGCAUUUCAGGAAGAGGAGAAAAAAAGGCCCUGCUAGUCCCGCAACUCGCUGCAUGUGUCAUCACGUAGCGCCCUGAAGGGCCCGACUCAAGGACUGCGCGGUCAGAAAUCGCGACAUUUAAUGAAACUUUGCAUGAAGUUGAGAAGGAUAGCUUCCCGCGGCUGAAAAGGAGGAAGAUGUCCGUGAGUAAGUUGAUUGGGCAGGUGCUAUGGACGAGCUUGUGCGUGCUGUGCUUGGUGUGCGCGGUGGUGGGCGAGCAGAAGCUGGUGCGGGAGCCGCAGGACCAGACGGCCACCGUCGGCAGCCACGUGACCCUCCCUUGCCGCGUCGUCAACAAGAGCGGGAGCCUCCAGUGGACCAAAGACCACUUCGGCCUCGGCGAGGAACGCAACAUGCCCGGCUUCGAACGAUACUCCAUGGUCGGCAACGACGAAGAAGGUGACUUCGGGUUGGACAUCAACCCGGUGACGCUGGACGACGACGGGACGUACCGGUGCCAGGUGGCGCAGGGCAAGAACGGCGACCCUCGGAUCAUCUCGAAGCAGGCGAGGCUGACGGUGCUCGUGCCGCCGGAGCCGCCCAAGAUCACGCAGGGCGAGUCCCUGACCGCCACCGAGGACCAGCACAUCGAGAUCGAGUGCAUCUCCGCCGGCGGAAAGCCACCCGCAGACAUCACAUGGAUUGAUGAAACAGGUGGUCAAAAUAAGAAAAUCGAGGAGGGUAUUCAAACAAUAACAGAGCCCUAUCCGCUUGAUGACAAAAAGUGGACAACCAAGUCCGUUCUUCAGCUGGUACCGAAGAAAGAACAUCACAAUGCAACAUUCACGUGUCAGGCUCAGAAUCAGGCGGAGCGAUAUUACCAAAGCGCUCGCCUCAAGUUAUACGUCAAAUAUGCACCAAAAGUCACUGUAAGCAUUGAUGGGCCUCUUAUCGAAGGAAGUGAUGUGCGACUCUCAUGUUUUGCCGAGGCAAAUCCUUCUGAGGUGACGUACCGUUGGUAUGUCAACUCUCAUGAGCAAGAUGAGACAGGAACUGAGUUGGUGUUGAGAAACAUAUCAGCUGCCAUGCACGACUCAAUUGUCAAAUGCAAAGUGAAAAACGCAGUGGGUGAAUCAGAAGACUCCGAAACUCUAUUCAUUUCAUAUGGACCAGUUUUCCGCCAGAAACCACACUCCGUGCAGGUGGAAGAAAAUUCUCAUCUAACAUUGACGUGUGAUGUCGAUGGCAAUCCAACUCCAGAAAUUAACUGGUUUCACAGAGGCACCAACUCUAUUGUUGGCUCAAGUGCAAAUUUAUCGAUUAUUGCCACAUCGGACAAAGCAGGCCGUUACACCUGCCAAGCCACCGUUCGAGGAUUCCCUCCAAUAGAGGCAGAUGCAACUGUUAUCCUUAAAGGUCCGCCAACAAUCGUCAGUCAUAGAUUGCAAUUUGGGGUGCCUGGAGACUCCGUAGAAUUGGAGUGCAUUGCCUAUUCUAUCCCUCCUCCGCAGAAAUUUGUGUGGAUGCACAACGGGCAAGAACUAGAUCUGUCCACCAGCGGUGAUUACGUGGAGAUGAAAGAGCAUAUACCUGGAGGUAUUAAGAGCAAGUUAACAGUUCGAGAAGCCCAGCAGUAUAACUUUGGUGUUUACAAUUGUUCGGUCUCUAAUCAGUAUGGGAGUGACACUUUUGAAAUUAUCUUGAAACCUCAAAAAAAUUUUCCAUUGUUAAUGUUGCUAGCUGCCAUAAUUGGAGGUGUAGCUGUUGUAAUAUUUGUUACUUUGGUCGUCAUACUAUGCCAGCGAAAAGAGAAAAAGCCUUCCGCAAAUGAUUUGGUAGACUCAGAAAAACAAUGUAAAGAAAGUGACCGAUCAUCUAAUAUAUCAGAUCUGAAAUUAGAGCUACGAACAACCGACUUAGACUAUGGUGGUCAUGAGAGUGAAACCAGUGAGUCAGUAGUCACCAGAGUUGGAGUGCCUCUUGCUGGACCAGUGCCCUUGUACAACACUAGAUUAUCAACCUCAGAUUGUAAUGAACCUGUCUUCCCUCCAAAAUCUGAUGGUCAUAACAACAAUGGUUACAUCCCGUACGUAGAUUAUCAGCGGGACUACAACCCUCCACCCCCUCCUCCAGCACCAGAGGGCGUUGAUGUGCGAUAUUCUGCCACGUAUGGCAACCCAUUCUUGAGGACAGCACCUAGUCCAGCCUUACCUCCACCUCCACCCCCAUAUAGUUCGGUGAGAAACGGUGGUGUUCCACGGCAACACCAUCAACAGACAAGCCCUACUUCUCAGUACAUCACGCACCAGCCUGCGGUGAAGCGAGGUACUCUGGCCACGCACGUCUAACAGCAGGCUCCUUGCCUUAGGUCCAUUAAUCAAUUCUGUGUUCAUUGACUGUUAGGAAACAAAUUGAAUUUUUUUAUCUGUUGCUGUAAAUACUGUACGUAAUGUAAAUACUUUGUUGUCUCCAAGGCUGGAAGUUAUUUUCAGGCUGGCUUUCCUGUUUUUCUAAGUAAUCGAAUUUUACUUGAAAAUCUUCCUCAAGUCAUAUUAAUGUGUAACUGCUCCCUCCCCAUUCUUUCUAGUUUUGUUGAACCAUCUCUGAAACAAAAAAAAUAAGUGUAUUGUGACAUCAUUUUUCAGCCGGAGACAUAUUUGUGUUAGAAUCAUUUUUGUCACCCAACUUUAUGCGGUCAUCCCUAACUGUGUAUUACAAGUUUUUGAAGAAACGCUAAUAGGUAUCUUUUUGUCUAUUUCCUGCGAGAAAACAAUGUUUUCCAGCAUGGCACCACUGAGGUGCACUUAUUAUUCUCUUAGUGGGAAAGAAACUAUACCAAUUUAAGUUUUACCCGGCAUUCAUCAAUUGUAAGAGGUUUAUAUUGAGAGCGCUAUGAACAAGGUGUCUUUGUAAAAACAAACAAAAUUCAAUGAAUUUCCACCAAGUAAUAAGUUUCUUGAGAAAUCGUUUACUUUAUCUUUUUUUUACUCUUUACAUACAGAGAUAACCAGAACAUAAUUUCACUUCAUUAACCGUUCAUUUGCACUUGGAUCCAAAAUUAGUAAGUUACUGUCUCCACCUGCAGAAAUAUUUAAACCACUUUUCAUUACGAGGUACAGUGGCUGGAGCAUUCUGAUAGUCUCUUAACAUUUUGGUCAUGACAACCAAACUUUUAUGCCUCGAGGCAUGUAAAUCUUCCGGUACGAACAGAGACUUUGAGAAUCUGUACCAAAUAUAAAGGAUUCCUAUUCUAGAAAAGCUCUCUUAAUUUUAACCUCCUCUUUAUUUCAAAAUAAGUUUAUAAAUACAAACACUAGAGAUGCAACAUUUCAUGAAACAGUUAUGAAAUGAAAUUUUACUGUGAAAUUUUUGAAACUUCUGCAGCCACUUUCUGCAUGCCAUGAAAUGCAUAGAAAUGGUACAAUCUUAAUUUUUUCAAAAAAGAAUAUCACGAGUCGAAUCUCUAAGUUUCUAAUGGAAUUUCCGAAAACUUUCGAGGGUUGCAGCCCCUGGAAAAUUGUCAAAUCCUCAUGGAAAAUGCAGUUUCGCUUUUCAGUGAAAUGAAAUUUCAUUUUGCAUCUCUGGCCAAGACUGAAUCUCUGUAUAGAUCAAUCGUUAGAGUUGCUGAAAUCAUCACUUGAAAGUUUGAAAAAAUGAGUCAUAUUAUCUUGUUAAUUGUAAUUUAAUAGCUGAAUAUUUGCAAACUAUUUUUAGGAACUGUUGUUAAACUGUACAGGUGUAAAAUUGUUUGCCAGUGAAUGCUUGAUGAAGCAAGUGCAAUAGCAGGUGAAGAAUGAACUAGUGAGCGUUUAUUUCUUGUCAAGGAGUGUUUUAACUAAAGUUGAUAGCUGCAAGCAUAAAUUAAUUUAUCAAUUAUCUGGAGCUAAAUAAUAACAUUAAAUUAACAUAGAAUCAUGCCAAAAAAAUAUUAAAAAAAUUGCAAAUAGUUACUGCAAGCAUUGACCGUCGUUGAGAUAUAUGGAAAUUGCUCAUUACUUAUAGAAGAUGAUCUUCUCUGCGAUCCCUAUUUUUCCCUGAUUUAAAACUAUUCUCUCAGAUAUAUCAAUCAGGCGUCAUUUAUUUCAAAUCAAUUGUACUUGCACCUUUUCUGCUUUCUUACUAAACCAUGCUUUGUUGUAUUCCAAUGAAAUUCUCAUUUUCAUAGGAGAAUGAUAAACUUAAAUAAUAGUAUUUUAAACGAAAAUUGGAAAGGUCUCCUCACCAGAAACCAAUUUUGUCCUAAGGAAAAGUUUUCUAGGAACUAUUUGCAUGAUUUGUUGAUCAUAAAAAAUUUUAAACGGAAUCGUUCUGUAUAGAUAUUUUAGCACUAUAAUGUUUAAAUAAUUCAUUUGCAGCAUAGUUUGACAAAUUUUUUCAUUAUGAUUUCAUAGGUAAUUACCGGUGUGCAGGAAACUACACAUGAAAGACCAUACAAAAUAACAUGAGUAUGAAUAAUUUGCUACCAAAUUCAAAGACCAAAUAAAUACCUUGACAAACUGCCACCCAACUCAAAUAACCUUUUUGACACGUUAAUGCGAACAAAACAAGGAAAUAAACUUGCUUUCUCUUCUCCAAUCAGAGUAAAGAAAUUGCUGCCUAAUUAGAUUGUAAUAUUAAUUUUAUCAAACCUUUUCAUGAACAAAAUUGCAACUCUUUACCUGGGUUGCAGAAUCAUGGCCUAUUCUUAACACUUAAUCGCCUAAAAAUAAUGAAGUUCAAAUAAAGCAAUUUUGAGUUAAUUGGAUAAUUAACUCACAUGCCAAUUACUGUUCAUUAACAACAAUAUUAACAUUUCAAUGAGUUUUUUUUUAACAUUUCAUGUCGUCUUUCUCGGGAGGAAAAAAAAAAAAUCUCAACCACAAUAGAAAAGUUUUAAAAUGCUUAAGUUUUAACUAUUGAUUCAAGAUUUAUGUUUUUAUUUUGUUUCUUUAGUAGUAGGUUUGCAGAGAAUUUCAAAAAAUCUUUGAUCGAAAGUUUUGAUAAUGCAAAGUUGAGAUAAAUAUUCCUAUUGAUAGCUUUAUGACCUUGUGAAUGGCUAAACUCGAAAAAUACAAAUCUCAAUGGCAAAAUUUAAAAAUCUCCUACCUACCAUGUUCUAUUUUCUUCGAGGAAGACAGAUCAAAAUGUUUAUUUGCAAUUUUGUGUGAUUUUUUAUUUUUAGAUUGAGUGAAGAAAAUUCACAGAAAAUUUCAAUAGAAUUGGUUGGUUAGUUUUCCUUUCAAAGAAUUAAAGCAUGAGCGGAGACUUACAUGUCAUAGUCUGAGAUACUCAUUUUUCGACUUUAGCUAUCGAUACAUUUCUCUUUCCUGCCCUGAAGCUGCAUGUUUCCACGACUCAUUAAUUUUGUCACUUACUUGGGGCCUUCACCUUAUUAUACAAGUACACUAGGAAAUCUGUAUUUUGCAAGAUGGUCGGAAGAAUAAUUUAUUUGGAACAAGUAUUCACCAUCAAAAUUUAGACACAGCCGAAACAUUGAAGUCAUACCUCCACAUCGUAAUGGGUUGGUUGCGCUAGUCUUAGAACCGUAUUUUGAUACUUUUAGCUUAUAUUUCAGCGAAAAAUAAUGGGAUCUGUGUAAAUGAAAAAUAUCUGCAUCCAUUAUAAAUGGAGAUAUCGCUCAUUGAAAAACGGAGCAUAAGACACCUUCCACUUCUGUUGUGCAAGCAGAAAUUUUUACUUCAAAAGAAUAAAAUGGAAGUUCUCUAUUUUGGUUUAGUCUGUGUUUUGCGACAUGUAACCAGUACAAAAGUGUGUAUCAUUGAUUGAUGAAACCAGGGUAGAAGAAACCAUGGUAUGCUCUGCAGUGGUGGAUGAUGUCUUACACUGUGUUCUUCGUUGCGCGAUUUCUUUGCUAAUAUUAGAUGUGGAAACUUGCAUAGAUCAUAUUUUUUACAAAUCUGUAAGCUGAAACCCAUUUGAGCACGAUUCCGUGACUAGCGCAACUGAUCCAUUCCGAUUUGUGGGCUAACUUCAAGAGACUCAGCUCUUUGUCAAUUUUUAACGUAAAAUUAUUAGCUGUAUUAUUGUAUGAUCUGGAGAUUCUCUUUACUUUCCUUGUUGAAUCUUACUGGUUAUGUACUAUUUUUCAAAUUCUAUUAGACUUUACCUAUUAUUUUAUGUUAUGCUGUUCUCAUACAAAUGAAUGUAUUUCCUGUCUCCAUUAAGCGUUGAUUUUUUAAAGUUUAACUGAUUUAUUUUAAUUUCUUUUUUUCCAAUCAAAAAAACAUGAACAAAUUUUAAACCUGCAAUCAGCUUUUCCUCAUAAUCUCUCCAUUAGCUCUUGUAAUUUGUAAAUAUUUGUUAUUUUUCUACCUUUGCCAUUUAUUUGUAACUUUGAUUUUUGAGUGUGAGUGAAUGUGUGCCAGUGUGCUAUUUUUUUUCCUAUUUUUUUCGCGCACUUCUUAAUUACUUUUAAGAAUUAUAUUUAGCUAAUGUACAGUUCAUAAAAGUUUGUAAUUGUUAUUUUUUUACCUGUAUCAAUUUAUGUAAUAAUUGGAUAGUGACGAUAUUUCUUUCCAAUAUUUUGUCGUUAAGACCACUUUUUCUGUGAUAUUUCAUGAUUAGAGUUAAAUAUCUUUCUAUUAUUGCAAUAAAAUCUGAAUCAUUAUUUAUUUAGGAAAUCGUUUGUGUGUAUGUGCAUGAGAGCGCCUUUUUUUCGGAGUGUAGAGUGAGGACAGAAACCUAGUUUACUGAUGCUAGUCAUCAAUAGACACAAUGAAAAUGUAACUGUUUGUAAAUGUCGAACAAUAAAUUUGCGGAAUGAAUAUGCAUCAAAAUCCUGAAUUGUAUAAUUUAAGUAUUUGUUCUGUCUUCACUAAAAUUUGAAUUGUGAAAGUUCAGACUAUUUAUUCCAUUUUAUUCAUUAGAAGUCACUUGAAAAUUAUGAGUGAGUUAGAUGUUACAUCAGAGGAAAGGAAAUCCUCACGCAACAGUUCACAACAUCUGUAUUGUUCAUCAUUUGAUAAAUUUCAAAUUUUUUUCAAGUGGCAGUGCCAGAGUUGAAUAUAUUUUUGUUUUAUUUUAUUAUCUUUUUAUUAUCAUUUUGACUCUCCAAAUUUUGUUGCAAUCCAAAAAUAUUGCCACUAGCCAGAUGUCCUCACUUUUUAUUUGACUCUCAAGAAGAAGCGCUUAGAGUACAACUGUGUGAGAGUAUGUGUAAAAUUGUAACUAAACAGAAAACUUUUGUAAUUUUUGUUACUUUGUUCAUUAAAUUUGUCAUUGGAGAACAAACGCUUUUGAAUUUUUGAUGAAUUAAAUCUUUUCUUUCUCAUCAUGAA